GCUCUGUUUCGGUUAGUCGUAAAAAUCGGAGCUCGGCGUCACUCCUUUACAAUACGCGUUCAGUCUUCGGCACCAGUCGUUGCUAAACCAUCGUCUUGUGAACAUCUACGCGCAGUGUCACGAAACCAACAAGUUUAUCAUAUAAACGAAAAUGGCUUCUCUCACGAGACUCUCUAUCAUCAAGUUCUUAGAACUGCUAAUAGUAUGCGUCCUCAUAGGACUGCAUUACCAUUCCUUCAAAGCCGGAGUUGUGCACACUGCAAUGAUCACGAUGGGUACCUUUGGCGGUUAUCUAAUUAUUCUCGUGGGAUUAUUCGCUGGUAGCCUAAUGGGAACGCCAGUUAAUCGUCGCGUGGAUCUCUUUUUCGCUCUGAUUGGCUGCGCCCUGUUCAUCGUUGCUGGCGCUUUGAACAUCGAACUCUUCCAGAACAUGUACAGGAGCUCGUUCCGCGACACAGGACUCGCUAAAGGAUCCAUCAGCAUAAUCGAGGGGGCAAUAUUCCUCGUGGACGCGUUUCUCACGUUCCGAGGGGAGGCCUAAAAAUAAAAAAACAUUAUUUUUAAGUAAUAUACCACGAACCGCACAAACGUCAUUCGUUCUCAAUCAGUGCAAUCACAUUCCGCGAUAACAAGCUGGCGGACGUUUAAUUAAAAAAAAAAGUAAAUAUAAAUAUAUACUGCCAAAGAGGA